AUGCCUAUAGAACUGAAUGUCUCACAUCGUGGCACUUCUCAUCGCCUCUCACUGCUUCCGAACGAUACUAUCACUGCCCUGCAAGCCCGACUAGAGGAACUAACGUCCGUGCCUUCAUCGCUCCAGAAAUUGUUAUACAAAGGCAAGAAACCACACUUGCAAGAUGACGACACCCUCUCGCAGGCCGGGUUGAGAGACGGAAUUAAAGUCCAAUUAAUCGGUCCGACGGCUGAGGAGCUGGGUGGCAUGCGUGCAGUUGAGGACGAACGUAAUAGAAGAGAGCGUAUUAUGCGAGAACGAGCCGCAAAGGCAUCCGUAAAGGUACGUCCACGUACCCGUGAUGUGCGGUCGAUUGGCUCACCUAGGGCCGAGUCGAAAUACAAAUUCCAUCGUAUCGAGGCCCUUGACCAUCUUCCAGAUCCACCAGCUGCACGCACACUCCUCACUCGCCUUGCUAACGACCCUGCCAUUCGUCAUGUUAUGCAGAAACAUAGUCUUGCCGUUGGUGUUCUGACCGAGCUGGCGCCACAUGAGCAUCCCAACCUGCUCGGUCUGAACGUGAAUGCGGGACAAGCAAUCAAACUGAGACUGCGCACGGACAGAUAUGACGGAUUCCGUUUAUACGGAGACGUGAGGAAGGUUUUGUGCCAUGAGCUUACUCAUAAUGUAUGGGGCGAUCAUGACGACAACUUUAAAGAAAUGAACUCUCGGCUGAAUCGCGACGUACUCGAGUUCGAACGUUCACUAGCCGAGGGCACACACAGCUUUACGUCAGGCGAGGCGUACGAGCCAUCAUCUGAGCUCGAGGCUGAGGCAAACGCGCUCAUUAUGGGAGGCUCGCAUAUACUUUAUGUCAGCGUCUAG